AGAAUGGACAACAUUCCGGUACAAAUUAUUGGAUAUAACAUAAAAACAAGAUGGCAAAUUACCUUAAACUUUUUAAUUCCGUGUAUAAUUGAGCUGUUUGUGUUUAUUACAGUCAUGGUUAUUGACAGUGCUCUAAUUUAUCAGCAUACUCUCGAUGGAAAUAAAUCAUUGGCAAUGAUUACAUUUAGUUUCGUAAUAAUUCCUGCCAUUGUUACAUUUAUUAUAACCAUAUUAAAACCUGCAGAUCCUUUUAAUGAUUCCAAGCAUAUCAGUAUACUACGGCUAAUUUCAUUUCAAUUUUUAUAUUUGAUGAUUUUUCCAAUAUGCGCACUUUACAGGUUUUCGAGAAAGAUUUUUUGGUGCGUGGAAAGUUUAUUUCAUGACAAGAACACAUAUGAACGUCAUCAAGCGAUAUCGAAAGCAGCUGAAAAUUCUCAUUUAGAGCUCUACCAUUUUCUUCAGUCGUUCUUCCACUGUGCUCCACAAAUCAUCUUUCAGUUAUAUAUCAUUCUCCGAAACGACAUGUUUAGAAAUUAUGAUACAGCAUUUGUACAAGUUCUAUCGAUUGCAUUUGGACUAAUUAAAAUGUCCAUGACAGCAGAAUCGUAUCAAAGAUUUGAAAGUCAAAAGAUUGUUGGAAAAAGCUAUCCAUGGCAGACAAUGAAACCACCAAACAUCAAGUUUACAAGAUCAGUCUCCGCAACAUUUUGUCAAACGCAAAGUAAUGUUACAGCCAGUCAAAAUGAAGAAAAUUGUGUUAAUAAUUUGGACGACAGUUUUUCCGGUGAAAAAGGAAUAAUAGAUUACAACGUCAAUAUAACAGACGAUGAAAAAAUUAUAUCAUAUAAAAACCUAAACCUUAGCAAUGAUGAUGAUUAUGUUGUUGAUUCUCCAGAUGAAAAUAUGGACAAUAAUGUCAAGCUAGGAAAAGAUGAUCAUAAACACAAUUUCCAUAUUAAUAUCCGAAAGUCUUUUAUUACACCAUUGGAUAACACCAUGCAUCGAUUAUCAGCUUUAGGAAAUACAAUGCUUUUAAACACAGAGUCUUUUAUAAAAGAGAAAAUUCCAAGAGCUCCUAAAGGACUAUUCACGCAUCAAGUUGAAAAUGAAAUGGAAACGAAAGCCUUUACUGAAAAAUCAUCAGAUGAAGUGGAUGCCUUUAUUUUACCUACAAGGCGAGAAAUUGUAGCUGGAAUCGAAAGUGACGACAUAAUUGCAAAAUUCAUUGCCUUUUUGGGUUGGAAUUUUUUCCUAAUAAUGCGAUUGAUGUCACUUUCGUCAUUUGCUGUUUUCCAUUUAAAUAUAUGUGGGUGGUUAUGCUUUUCACAUUAUUGCCUAAUGCUUUUAAUGUUAAUAAAUGAAACAAGAUUUCAAGUCAAAUGGCAGAGAACAGCAUUUUAUGGCAUUCUUGCAUACAUAUUUAUUUUUAAUUUGAUUGAGUUCAAAGUUAAAUUUAAACAAAUUAGAACGUGGAAUGUCUUAUAUUUUCUAAUAGUUAUUAUACAAAACAUAACAAUGACAAUAUCAUGGUAUUGUUUCGAAGAGUUUUUAGACACAUGGUGGUUUGAAUUCAUUUUCUUGGUCAUUGUUCAGAGUGGUAUUAUGAGCAUAAUGUGCUUUCUUCUUUAUUUCUGUUACCUAAAGCCAAAAGAUAAAAUAUUACUUGAAUAACUUAUGAUUCGAAUAAGCUUUUCUAUUCAAAAUUGAGUAAUGUUGAGCAAAAAUAAAACAGUUUAAUUAUAAGGAUUUAAUUUUUUUGUUGGACUUAAGAAAGACAAUUAGAAUUAGUUUGUUAAGUAAUAGAAACGACAAGCAUUAUGAAACUUAUUGGUAAGAUAAUAAUAUGAAUUUAUUAAAAAUGAUUCUCAAUAAAAAAAAAAUAAUAAAUAAAUGUAUAGAUAAACAGAAAUAAGAAAAAGUAGUAAAAUAUUCUAUGCAUAGAAUGCACACGUGCUGCUUAAAAAGAAGGAAAGUCGUUUUGAGAAAUGAAAAUAAUCUAGUACUUUAAAAUUUUCCGACCGCACUGAAAAUUGAAAAACUUCAUCCCCCUUGUACUAUUUCAGUUUUUCUCUUAAGAAAAAUUUUAAUUUUUUAAGAAAAAAAUAAUUUCGAAUUGAAAUUAAAGUUGAAAUAAUGAAAGUAUAGAUUUUUUAAAAUGUGAAUAUUUGAAAUUUUAUUGUGAAUAUGCUCGGUAAAUGGUCCAAGAUAAAUUAAAGUGAAAUAUAAAUAUUUCUGUUGAAGUAUAUAGUUAUCAGACACUUUUUUUGUAACAAAAAGGGAAAAUCAAGAAAAUUUUCAUAAUUGAUUUGUUUUCUUUUAAAAAAAUAAAGCAUUAAAGAUAAAAUAAAAGAAUAUAAGGGAUUAAUAAACAGAAUUAUUAUUCAUUAAAGGAGCUAAUAGGAUACAUUCGUUUAGAAAAUAUAAUUUAAAAAAUGCUUUAAUGAAAAAAUUGUUGAAAUAAAAAAGGAAGAGAAAAAUUCAUAGUAGUGUUUUCACAAUUGAUUCUGCGCGCAGCAACUUUUAAAAUAAGAAAGGUUUCAUAAUUUAGUUUUCACAUUUUCUUUGGUUUUCUUGUUAUUAAAAUAUACAUACAAAUUUGCUCUUGGAAAAAAGAGAAAAGAAAAUUUGCAACUUAAUCUGAGCAAUAGUUACAUAUAUGAUAGGUAUACAAUUU